AUGUAUGUUGUAAUUUCUGGUUAUUGUACGACGGGUUGUAUAGAGUAUAUCAAGGAUUACGAGAGUAACCCCAGCUCAUUAAUUCAUUUUUUCUUCCAGCGUGCUGAAAGUGCCACUUUUCCGCCUGCAUUUCAGAUUCGAAAGUAACUUGGCCGCACCUCAAAAGGUUACCGGCAGGGGUAUUACGUAACUUGAAAAGUGACAUUAUGUCGUUUUUUACAAUAUGUAGGUUUUUAUGAUAUUAUGUAGGUUUUCCUACAAGACGUCAACUUGAAACUAGCUGUCGGAAGCUUCAUGCUCACUUGUAGCAAGUGCGGAAUGAACUAUUUGCAUACUAGCCUACCCAGUCAACAAUUUGACAUUUUAUCGGUUUUCUUGCAUUAUAUAGGAGCUGACAAAUUCUGGACGCUGUUUGAUUUUGAUAUAUGAUGUUACAAUUCACUUUUGUUGUUCUUGGGCGGCAAACAACUUAGCAGAACAUACCUACCACAUUAUGAAGCUAACUCUAUUCCAGUACUUUGGCAGGCUUAGGUAUCAGAAUACUCGUAAUUCAAAAUCUUGGAAUCGCAUUUAAACGGUUUGUUUGUUUCCUGGUAACUUUAUUUAAAAAAUUGGCCAUUCAGCAAUGCAGCUCGAUUUACCAAACCAAAGGUGCUCAUUUAAUUUUAGGUAGAUUUAGUUUCUUGCGAAAAAAUAAUGCAGUAUCGCUAUAGACAGAAAUGACAUGUUAAUAUCGAUUGCGGUUAAAAGUUGUGACUUUAGAGGAAGCAGAUGUUAUUCUCCAUCCAAUGGUUGAUCAGUGACUAUGGUUUCAUGAAGAUGUAAGCGUCUUGUAUAAGAUUUUUAAUUUCUGAGAAAAAGACGGAUGGUGGUCAUUACAGGGUUUAGCAUAAUAAUUGAUCUAAAUCUAUAAAAUGUUAUAAUUGUGUUAACAUUUCCUGUCUUUGGCUGUACUUCAAACUACUUGAUCAUUUGUUGUAAGGCCUUACAAUGAAUCUGUUAGCUGGAGAAAUAUUGAAAAUUCACUACGAUCCCUCUGAAAAUAGUGAAGUAGGUGAAUUUUGCCACUUUUGUAUGAAGUAUUUGAAUUUAUUAAUUGAAGUAAUUAUUUCCUGAGCACAUAUAAUUGGAUCCUUUUUUUGUUGCAGGAUUUAUAUUCCUCUUUGAAUAUUGUUACCAUUUCAUUUUAAAAUGGAUUCGAUGAAUUUCCAAUAUACUCAUAAUACAGUUGAUGAUGUUUAUACAACGUUGAUUUAUUUAUCUUUUAUGUAACCGUUAUAUAUUAUAUAAUGUAUAGAGUAUAUAUUGUAAUAUUAGACUUCGAUAUUGAGCAAAUGCGAAACUGUUGCAAGCUCGCCAUGUUUGUACUAUGUACUACUCCACUGUAAAUAUGUACCUAAAUGUAUAAUAAUUAUUUCUAUUAAACUUGUGUUUGUUUUGUAGGGAAGCCUUUUAUUUAUUUUUAAACCUUUUAUAUCGUAUAUAUUAACGGGACAGUGAAACCAUCUUCGCUAAUAUUUGUCAUCCGAGUAGAUUUUACUCGUAUCCCAGCGACAGAUACAAUGGUACAUGGCUGUAGUACCAAGAAAGAAAUUAUAUAGUUCCCAGAAAUUCGCAAACACGUAUGCUAAUGCUUACUAGUAUCCUUUCUCCGAUU